GAAGCUAUAAUGCAGCAUCAGAGCUUCAUCCAAGGCAAGGUUGUGGUGGACGUUGGCUGUGGAACAGGCAUCCUUUCAAUCUUCUGUGCUCAAGCCGGUGCUAAACGGGUAUAUGCUGUAGAUGCAAGUGAUAUUGCAGUCCAGGCAAAGGAAGUUGUAAAAGCCAACGGUUUAUCUGACAAGGUCAUUGUUUUGCAUGGGAGAGUGGAGGAUGUUGAAAUCGACGAGGAGGUUGAUGUAAUAAUUUCAGAGUGGAUGGGCUACAUGCUCUUGUAUGAGAGUAUGCUGGGAAGUGUUAUUACAGCUAGAGAUCGCUGGUUGAAGCCUGGAGGUUUAAUUCUCCCAUCACAUGCAACAUUGUACAUGGCACCUAUAUCACACCCUGACAGAUACAGUCAUAGCAUUGAUUUUUGGCGCAACGUUUAUGGGAUUGAUAUGUCUGCAAUGAUGCAGUUAGCUAAACAGUGUGCAUUUGAAGAACCUAGCGUGGAGUCCAUAUCAGGAGAGAACGUUCUAACAUGGCCAGAAGUGGUUAAACAUAUAGACUGUCAAACAAUAAAAAUCCAAGAGCUAGACUCCGUUACUGCAAGAUAUAAAUUCAAGUCAAUGAUGAGAGCUCCUAUGCAUGGUUUUGGAUUUUGGUUUGACGUUGAGUUCAGCGGACCAGCCUCUUCGCCUGCGAAGACUUCUAGUGGAAUAAGUGUUGCUAGUGGUUCUUCAUCAGUGAGUCCUUCCAGAGAAGGGAAUCAGAAGAAGCGGAGUAAUCCGAGUGAUGCCCUCGUGUUGUCCACCUCUCCCGAGGCUCCUCCAACGCAUUGGCAACAAACGAUUGUAUAUUUCUAUGACCCAAUAGACGUAGAGCAAGACCAAGUCAUUGAAGGUUCUGUUACCCUUUCUCAAAGUAAAGAGAACCGGAGAUUCAUGAACAUCCACUUCGAAUAUUCCUCGGCAGGCCGUUCCUUUGUAAAAGAGUCGGUAAUGCGUUAAGGCGGCGAUUCUCUGACAACAUCUUCUUCUUUACCUUAGAAGCCCUGUAAGAUUUAUAGUCUCUUCUGUUAAAGUAAUCAUUAGUCCAGAACCGACGAAGACAUUGGCCAACAUAUUGAUUUCUGCGAAACCACAAGUUAUUUUAAGAGUGUUAGGUUUAAGAUCAAAUGAUGGAAGCAAUUAUAGGAAAUUGUUCUUGAGGCCACUUUAGCUUCUUACUUGUAACUGGGCGAUACAUAAUUCACUUCUCUCUUGAAUGCUUUUAUUUAUCAUGCAUAAUUUAUUGGUACUUUGUAUAACCUCAAAAAUCAAAUAUUCAAAUUUCUGUUUUAAA